UACAAUGCCCCAAUUAGACAACGCACACAAACAAAAACAACUCACUUGUCUACAUCUCUCUUUCCUCAUCUUCCACAUAUCUCUCUCUCUUGUCCCAAGAAAUAAAACACAAUUUCCCAGAUUCAAACUUCUUUUUCAACGUCGGAAUUAAGAUUCUGAGUCUUUCUUCUGAUCUUCUUCUUCCUUUUUUCUUUUGUUAACACAGAAAAAGCAAAAGAAGCAAGAAGCAAGAAGCAAGAAAACAUCAUCCUCUUAACUUUCUCUUUUUGUAUUAUCUCUCUCUCUCUCUCUCUCUCUCUCUCUCUCUCUCUCUGUCUUUCACUCACUUUAUAAAGAUUCAAACAAAAAAAAAAAGCAAAAUCUUCAAGAAACUGCUUCUGAUCUUAAAAAGAUGAUCAACCUACUCAUCAAGACCCAUAUCUCCUAAAAAGCACCAAUCAAUUCUUAUUUUUAACCCUCUUUCUCAUUCUUUUUCUUCUUAUAUAUAUAGGGCAAGAUUUUGAUACAGUUUUGUCUGUUUUAUAUUAUAAUAACUAUGGAACGGAAGAGAGGUUGUAAGAUCAGGAAGAGAGGUGGUUCUUCCUCUUCUUCUUCUUCUAUUGCUCGUCAAAACCGUUUGAAACGCGCAAUUUUCUCCGGGAAAAGAACAGCUCAAGAUGACGGUGGCGGCGAUGGCGGCGAUGGAACUCCAGUCAAGUCCAUCACCACCGCUAAAACUCCUGUGCUCUUAUCUUUCUCCCCGGAAGAACUUCCUCCAGAACAUCAGUUUCUGAAAAGCAGCGUCUCCGCGAGAAAGCUAGCCGCGACUCUGUGGGAGAUCAACGACGGCACAGACCCUCCUCCUCUUCUAAACUCCAAUAAAGACUGCUUGGAAAGCAAGAAACCGUCAAAAAACAGAGCGAAGAGACCAACAGAGUUCUCUUCCAUUGAUUUCCCGCUAAAAUCAUCCGAUCCGAUUUCUCGACUGAGCUCAGAGAGAAUAGAUCUCCACGAAGAAGAUAUAGUUCGUAAAAGAUCAACAAAUCCUCAGAAGCUAGAACUAAUCGAAUACAUUACCAUCGGCACAAACUCGGUGAAAACUCGUUUUAAGAAUGUCAGCGACGGUUUAACGAUGUCUAAAGAACUCGUAAAGGUUUUAAAACGUAUCGGUGAGCUCGGAGAUGAUCACAAGACAGCAAACAAACGCAUAAACUCUGCUCUGUUAUGCGAACUAGACAGAGCAAGAUCUUCUUUAAAGCAUCUGAUGAGUGAAUUCGAUGCAGAGCAAGAUGAGAAGCGGAGAUUGAUAGAGAGGCUACAAGAAGAAGCGGCGAUUGAGAGAAAGCUCCGGCGACAAACGGAGAAGAUGAACAGGAGACUAGGGAGAGAGCUAGCGGAGGCUAAAGAAAGAGAGAGGAAGAUGAAAGAGGAGAUGGAGAGAGAGAAGAGAGCUAAAGACGUUCUUGAAGAGGUUUGCGAUGAGCUAGCGAAAGGUAUCGGAGAUGAUAAGAAGGAAAUGGAGAAAGAGAGAGAGAUGAUGCAUAUAGCUGAUGUUUUGAGGGAAGAGAGAGUUCAGAUGAAGCUAACGGAGGCGAGGUUUGAGUUCGAGGAGAAACACGCCGCCGUGGAGCGGAUAAAGAAGGAGCUCCGGCGGGUUUUUGAUGGUGAAGAAGGGAAUGUGUCAUCGUCGGAGAUCCGUAGGGUUUUGGAGAUUAUUGAUGGUUCUGGUUCUGAUGAUGAUGAUGAGGAGAGUGAUCUUAAGUCGAUAGAGUUGAAUAUGGAGAGUGGAAGUAAGUGGGGUUAUGUUGAUCGCCGGAGAGAAAGUGGCUCCGGCGAUGAUCCUGUGGAGAAGAGAUCAGUGAUCGUUGAGAAUGGAGAGAGAGAUGAAUCAUUAAAGACUCUGAGAGAUUACAUUGUUUCGAAUGUGAGAUGUAUCGGUCCUUCAUCGCCGGAGCAGUGGAAUCAUCGGAAUUUACCAAGCUCUGAGUUUGUGUAAUCACACUGCCGGCGAGUAAAAAAAAAAUUAUAUAUACAUAAUGAUUUAUUUGUAAUAUAUUCGAUUUAAUUUUUGGAUUUAAUUUCAAA